AUGCUUCAUACAAAAUCUUAUCUUAAACGUACGAAAAAAGGAAAUGCCGUUAAAGUUGUUAAAGAGCAUUAUUUACGAGAUGAUAUUGGCUGUGCUGUAGAAGGCUGUACAAUUUGUUCUUCUGACACAGUCCCGGUUCUAAAAUCAACCUCAGCUUUAAUAACACAACUUGUUCCAAAACCUCAUUUUAUUAUACCUGAUACAAAUGUCUUUAUGAGACAGAUUGAUAUUAUUGGACAUGAAGCAAUUAAAAAUGUGAUAAUAUUGCAAACAGUAUAUGAAGAAUUGCGAAAUUUAAACUCUUCAAUUUUUAAUAGAUUAAAAGAAUUGAUUAAAAUCCCUGAACGAUGUUUCUUUGUUUUUUCUAAUGAACAUCAUCGGGAAACUUAUAUUGAACGUUUAAAAGACGAAAAAUCAAAUGACAGGAAUGAUCGAGUAAGAGAAUAUGUUGAAGGCAUGACUGAAUAUCCAGAAUUGGUUGAUAUGAUUGGAAAUAUAUCUAUAUCUGAUAACAAAGAUAAAAAAUUUGUUUAUGAUGAUUAUAUAGGUCAGAAUCAAAUAACAAAUGGUAUAAAAAACGGAACAUUACAUCAAGGAGAAUUGAAUAUCAGCACUCAUAAUUACCUUGAGGGAUCAAUUAUGAGUAAAAUUGAUGGAGAAGAAGCACAAAUAAUGAUAAUUGGACGCCGAUGUUUAAAUAGAGCAAUCCAAGGAGAUGUGGUCGUAGUUCAAUUGUUACCCAAGUCUGAAUGGCUUAAAUCUCCUACAGCUGUUGUAGUUGAAGAAGAUGAGGAAAAUAAUGUAAUAGCUGAUCUUAAUGAAAAUGGUGAACCGAAACCACAAACAGAUGAUCUUGAUAGUGAAACAAGCAAAUCAUUGCAACCUACUGGGAAAGUAGUUGGAAUUAUUAAAAGAAAUUGGAGAACAUAUUGCGGCUCUAUUAAUAAUCAAUCAGUAAAAGGUUCGGUAACAUCAUAUUCAUCAGAAAUUGCGUAUGUAUAUACUAUGGAUAGACGUAUUCCCAGAAUAAUUAUAAGAACAAGACAAGCUCAAAAGCUGAUGGGACAAAGAAUAGUUGUUUCGAUUGAUUCUUGGUCAAAAGACACAAAAUUUCCAACAGGUCACUUUGUAAAAGCGUUGGGACCUGCGGGGGACAAAGAGACCGAGACGAAUGUCUUACUUUUAGAACAUGAAAUUCGUUACCAAGAUUUUAGUCAACAGAUACUAAAAGAACUGCCAGUUGAAGGUGAUAAUUGGAUAGUCAAGGAUGAACAUUUCAAAGGACGCAAAGACUUCAGAAAACUAAACGUUUGUAGUAUUGAUCCCCCUGGAUGUACUGAUAUUGAUGAUGCAUUACAUGUAAGAGAACUUCCUAAUGGAAAUUAUGAAGUUGGAGUCCACAUUGCAGACGUUACAUAUUUUGUUAAACCUGGUACUGCAAUGGACGAAGAGGCUUCAGUACGUGGAACCACAGUAUAUCUUAUCAAUAAACGUAUUGACAUGUUACCUCCAUUAUUAGGAACAAAUCUAUGUUCUCUCCACGAAAAAAAGGACAGAUUGGCAUUUUCUUGUGUUUGGGAAUUAAAUCAUGAAGCAGAGAUUGUUAAAGUGGAUUUUACAAAAAGUGUUAUUCAAUCAAAAGCAUCAUUAACAUAUGAAGAAGCUCAAUUACGUAUUGAUGAUUUUCGAUUACAGGAUGAACUCACAAAAGGUCUUCGAAUUUUAAAUGAAUUGGCAAAAAAAUUACAUAAAAAACGUAUAGAAGGCGGCGCAAUCACAUUAUCCAAGACUAAUGCAUUGGUAGAAGAAUUUAUGUUGUUAGCCAAUAUUUCUGUAGCCAAAAAAAUCUUUUCAAAGUUUCCUGCAUCAUCAUUGUUAAGACGACAUCCUCCAUUGACUACAUCAAAGAUGGCAAAUUUAGUUAAAGCAAUUACACCUUUAGGUUUAACUUUAAAAUUCGACACGUCAAAAGAACUGGCCGAUUCAUUAGAUGCUGCUAUAAUACCUGAUGAUCCAUAUUUCAACAAAUUAUUACGAAUUAUGACAACCAGAUGUAUGAUGCAAGCCAUGUAUUUUUGUUCUGGUACAGUAUCUCAACAAGAUUUCAAACAUUAUGGACUUGCAAUAGAUAUUUAUACACAUUUCACUUCUCCUAUUCGAAGAUAUUCAGAUGUUAUUGUACAUCGAAUGUUGGCAGCAGCUGUUGAUGAUAGUGAAAUUUAUGGAAAUGAGUUAACAGAUAUUGAAAAAAUACGAAUACUUUGUGAAGGUUUAAAUUAUCGGCAUAGAAUGGCACAAAGUGCAUCACGUAGUUCAGUUGAAUUACACACACACAUUUUUUUCAAAGGAAAAAAGGAAUCAGAAAAUGGAUAUGUAACCAAAAUACUAAAGAAUGGCUUUAUAGUUUUAAUUCCAAACUUAGAAAUAUAUUCUUCUGAUGGAAAGAUUAUUGGCACUAUUAAAUUGUUUGAUAAAGUAGUUGUAGCUAUUAGUGUUGAGGGUUCGGAUGGAGAUAGUGCAAGUGGUAUGAGACAAAAAUUAAAGAUGGAAUUAAUUUAUCCGGUAGUGCCCGGGUUAAAACCAAUUAAUGCCAUCAAUGUAAAUUUAUCUAAUAAUAAUACGAUAAACUUAACGUUACCAAACCAUUCAGUAAAUUCAAAACGAACCAGUUCUACCAAAAGAACAUAUUCAAAUGAAUUAACAACAAAAAAUCAUAAAUUAAAAUUUAGAACAGGGACGACAAUAUUAACUCCACCUAUCACACCGCCUAUUAUUGCUAGCAGUAGAGAAUUUUUUUUGAAUUUAUAUAAGAAUAAUAAGGAUAAUAAGGAACAUUUAGCAAUUGUAUAUGGGAACGAUAUAUACAGUAAAAGUUUAGAUAGACCACGAUCGGGUGAAAAGGAAAUAGACAGAAUGAUAAGAGGCGCAUAUACAGGUAGAUUAAGACCCGGGCAAACCAAAUCAGAUGAAUUAGGCGAAUCCAUUAAUAAGAUUUCAACAACCGAGCAACAUUCUCAACAACAAUCGCCAUUAGUAAGAAUCCAUUCAGAAUGUUUCACAGGUGAAACUGUACAUAGUGCAAGAUGUGAUUGUGGUGAACAACUGGAAGAAGCAAUGAGAUUAAUUCAAUCUGAAGGUCGUGGAGUCAUUAUAUAUUUGAGACAAGAAGGAAGAGGGAUCGGGUUGGCCGAUAAACUUCGAGCGUAUAAUCUUCAAGAUUUAGGGCAUGAUACAGUAACGGCUAAUUUACUUUUACAACACUCACCUGAUCUUCGUAAUUAUGAUAUUGCCAAUCAAAUUCUUAAAGAUCUUAACUUAAAAUCUAUAAGACUAUUAACUAAUAAUCCUGAUAAAAUUAAACAAGUCAAUGAAUCAGGAAUUGAAGUGAUUGAACAAAGCAUGGGAAAAUACUAUAAUGUACCGCAGAAUACCUCAGAUAAUAGAAGAAGAGGUACAAGAACAACAAUUGCAAUCAAUACUAGAAUAGAAGAAAAUCCUGUACGAAAGUCAACGGUUGAUGAACACCUUGAUAGCGAAGCUAAGAAAAAUCUGUAUGAAAAUAAACAACGUCAACUUCAACAAACACUUGUACUUUUCUUUCUUCUUUUGAAUCUAAAAGAAAUGAAUGGGCAAUUUAUUGUGGAUUCCAUGUUUAACAUUCUUAGUAAUCUAACAUUUGGUGGUACCGCUAAUAUAAAAAAAAUCAGUGUUAAAGGGGUAACAGACAUUAAAAGUGGCGAUUUUUUAGAAACUAUUCGAUUUGUCUAUAAUGUAGUGACAAAAGACGGAACGUCAUAUGAGCAUCAAGGCAAUAAGCGUGGCUUAGGUAUGGGAGGACCUGAUCAAGCGCCAUUUGAUUUUGCUGCUAAUGGAGAUUUAGUAGAGAUAAGAGGCAGAACUGGCAUCGACCCAGGUGGAUCUACAGUCGUAAGAUACUUGAUGUUCAAAACACCACAAAAAACACUUGAAUAUGGUAAAAAUAUCCCAUCAGUGAAAGAAUUUGUUUUACCUCCGGGUGUUAUCUUUGGGAAUAGUGGUAAUACUGUUGAUUCCCUCGGGGCAUACGAGAUUGCAGAAAUAGUCGAUAAUGCAACAUCAACAAUUACUGAAACAAUGGCAGAAUCUACAAAAACAGUAACGAUAACUGCUGAUGCUGUAGCAGAAACGAUGUUUGUCGAUAAUCCUCGGAUAAUUAUCGGUCUCAGUGUUCCCAUAGCAGCAUUAA